AUGGAGGAAGCAUCUCCGAAAAGGAGGAAACUUGAUCACUCCUCCAGCCACAGUCAUGCGCAGUCCUUGACCUACGACUCGGCUGCCUCUGCUGGGCUCUACCGCCCAAGCACCUUCAUCCUAGAGACCGAGGAACUCCUGAAGGAGAUCCGAGUCGACUAUGGCCGGGCUCUUUCUGGAGCAGACAGCUUGCUCCAUGACCUGAAGAAUGCCAUCGAAAGCAACAUUGAGAGUCAUGCGCCUACUCCCAUUGCCGAAGCCACUUCCAAGUUCGAAAAGAAGCACAAUAUCACGAUCCCGUAUCCAGAGCCGAAGCCUGCGAAGGAUGCGCCUUAUAAACUGCUGGUCGAAAAGCCGUCACAGUUCAAUGUUGUCGGAAGUUAUGUGUCCAAAACGAUGGUCAAAUCACAACAAAACCCAUCGGUCGACAUGAUCGUUGAGAUGCCUAAAGAGCUGUUCCAAGAAAAGGACUAUGCCAAUAUGAGAUAUUUCUACAAGAGGGCGUACUUCUUGGCGAAUAUUGCGGCAGCUGCAAAAGGGAUGGGACAGUCUACGAAACUGUCUUUCGAACUACUGGGCGAGAAUCCUCUCCUCCCGGUGAUCGUUUUGGAGCCCAGUGCUACGGACAAGAAAGGAAAGAAGUCAGAUGCAAAUGCCUCUUCGAAGGCGAAGCCGGGAACCGCUUAUAUUGUUCGCAUUAUUCCUUGUCACCCGGAAGGUGUGUUCCUGAACUCGAAACUGUCACCUUCCAACAACUGCCUACGGCAAGCUUCCAAUGAGGAUGAGAAGGCAGCACAAACACCGACGCCAUUCUACAAUUCCACAUUGAAAGCUGACAGCACCUAUCUCGCAUACCUGCGCUUCCUACGGACCGUCGACAAGUCGUGCGCUGCGUUCAAGGAUGUCUGCUUGCUUGGCCGCACGUUUCUUCAACAGAGAGGGUUUGGUGGAUCGGUCUCUCGAGGUGGUUUCGGCAACUUUGAGUGGGCGGUGUUGGUCGGAUUGCUACUGCAAACCGUCAACAAGAAGGGAGCCUCUGCUCUGUCUCCUUCGUUGAGCAGCACGCAAUUGUUCAAGGCUACAAUCCAAUUCCUCGCAACAACAGAUCUUUCCAAGAAGCCCUGUGUUCUCGGAUCUCUGCCCGAGGGAGCAGAGAGUGUCCGAGAAUCUGGACCUGUCAUCUAUGACGCCCAGCGCCACCUCAAUAUUGCAUACAAGAUGAGCCCGUGGUCUUCUACAGCAUUACGACAACAUGCUAAGUGGACCUUGGAUCUCUUGAGCAGUACCGGAGUCGACCAAUUCAACCCGACCUUCAUUGUCAAGGCUGAUGUUCCCCUGCAGAGCUUCGACCAGUUGUUUCAGAUCAACAUACCACGCUCUGCCAGCUCCGCAGCGGUUGUCGACCGUCGAGGUCACACGUGGAACGUCGCGGACAGGGUGUUCAGGAUCUUGAAAAGAGCGCUCGGGGAUAGAGUGAAACUCGUGGACAUCCAACUACCGUCGAAGAACGGGUGGCCCUUGGAUAAGAAGGUUCCCUCAGACAGUACCUCAGCCCUCACUGUCGGGCUACUCUACGAUCCUGCAAAUGCUUCUCGGCAGGUGGAUCAUGGUCCAUCCGUCGAAGAGAAGAAGGAGGCGAAGAAGUUCAGACAGUUCUGGGGCGACAAGGCCGAGCUGAGAAAGUUCAAGGACGGCAGCAUUCUGGAAACCUUGAUCUGGCAAGGCACUACUCCAGCUGAUCUCUGCGAGGAAAUUGUGCGAUACAUCAUGGGCAUCCACCUGCGCCUUGACGAUGAUGACUUUAACUUCCUCGGUGGUGACUUCACCGCGUUGGUACCCCUGAAGCAGACAGAUCCCGCACUCUUUACCGGUGCUCGGGAGGCUUUCAGCCAAGUCGAGCAAGAUAUUCGAGGUCUUGAGGACCUUCCAUUGCAGGUGCGACAGUUGGCACCCAUCGCACCCCAGCUCAGGUCGGCGUCCGUCAAGCCUCCUGUCCUGGGGUCCGCCAAAGUCGUGCUCUCCCCUAUGGAUAUUGUAAUUUUCUUCGAGGCGUCAGGGAAGUGGCCAGACAACCUUUCAGCCAUUCAAAGGGCUAAGAUCGCGUUCCUGCUCAAGAUUGGCGAGUCGCUGGAAGAAGCCCGGCCCGGCGUCACCACACACAUCGGUAUGGAGGAGAUUCAGUCAGACAUCCAGAAUCUGGCGUUCCUCGACAUUGUCUACCCUGAAAGUGCCGCCUUCCGCCUUCGCAUUCACGGCGACUUGGAAGAGGCCCUUCUCGAAAGAAGGACAAAAGACAAGACCCUCGACCAGAACGUCCGCACAGAGGCGGUUCACCUUCUGGCGACAUUCAAGCGCCUGUAUGCCACACUUCCUCUACACAACCAGAUGAUCUCUACCGCCGUUACACGAUUCCCCGCCCUGUCCCCGACGAUCAGACUCGUCAAGUCCUGGUUCAACGCGCACAAGCUCUCCCACCACUUCAACGAGGACCUCAUCGAGCUGGCGGUCCUUCAUGUCUUCGUCGAGCCCUACCCCUGGCAGGCGCCCUCGAGCCCAGCCACGGGCUUCCUCCGCACCCUCCUCUUCCUCUCCCGCUGGGACUGGCGCACGGAGCCGCUCGUCGUCGACGCCUCCUCGGGUGUCGACGACUUUUCCCCCGCCGACCGCGCCGCGGCGGCCACCCGCCUCGAGGCCUGGCGCAAGAUCGACCCGAACAUGCACCACACGGUGCUCUUCGCCGCGACCCCGCACGACGCCUCGGGCACGGCCUACACCACGCGCGACGGCCAGCCGCACCCGUCCCGCGUCGCCGCCACGCGCAUGACCACGCUCGCCCGCUCCGCGUGCCGGCUUGUCAAGGAGGCCGGCGCCGGCGCCGCGGGCGGCUUCGACCCCCGCCAGCUGUGCCAGACGCCGCUGCGCGACUACGACGUCCUCCUGCACCUCGAACCCCGGGUCGUCAAGGCCGUUCUGCGCGGCGACGACGGCACGGCGCGGCGCUCGCACUUCAAGAACCUCGACGAGCGCGCCGUCGGCGCCCCGCUGGCGCCCGUGCCGGCGCACCCCGUCGCCGCGCUGCUGCGGCAGCUCGAGGCGGCGUACGGGUCCGCGCUGGUCUUCUUCCACGGCGGGCCGGACGACGCCGUCGUCGGCGGCAUCUGGAACCCGCAGGUGCACCGGCGGUCGUUCCGGGUCAACAUGCCCUGCUCUUUCAGGCCUGCUAGCGAUGGCGAGGGGGACGACGAUGUUGAUGAUCAUGAUGUGAUGGAGGUCGAUCGGGAGGGGAUACUGGCCGAGAUCGCUAGGGUUGGCGGAGAUGUCAUCGAGAAGAUUGAGACCAGGGGGUCUUCCUGA